AUGCCUGCUAUGGCAGACUUCGACGACCAGCAAUCCUGCGGCCAACGUCGCAAACAGCCUGUUGAUGCCCUUCAACUCGGCCCCAGGAAAAGGCCGAGUGCGGCCGAUCCAUUGGUACACUACGGACGUCAUUUUGGGCGAACAGUGCACGCUCUUUGCAACUUCCAAGCCCUCCUCACAAAUGGAAUCUUACGUAUGGGAGAAUUGGCCGAGAUUCCAGAGGAAAACUUCACCAAUGAGGAACGGCGUGAGCAUCGUGUUUUUCAAGAGCUCCUCAAGUCUGUGGCUGGCCUGGAAGAGCGCUUGAUCCAUAGCGGAGAUGAUGAGGUUGACGUAGUUGCAGAACUGGCAAGUACUAUUCCGUUUUCCUACCUCUUUAAACUCACCAAGGGCGCCUCUGGAGCAAGAGGUGAUGACACCAAAAGCCUCAAAGGCGGUGUGCUUGACUGGAUUACCCCCAAGGGACAGAAUCUGGUUCCUCCUCUCGCUCGCAAUGUGAAAAUUGACCGUGGUUUUCAUCACGAACGGACAGGCGCGUUACUUUGUCCUGCUGGCCUGGACUGGUCUCACUCAGAGACAAAAGCUAAGCUACGAAGUGGCGAGAUUAUGGUGACCGGAGACCAAUGGCCGUUGUUCUUAUAUGCUGACUACCAUUAUGAUCCUGAGGAUCCGUGGAAUGGUCUGUUUCGAAGUGCCCUGUUAGUUUGCGCAUAUAAACAUGUCUUUACGUCCCCUAGCUCUGUAGACAGAGAACCAAAGGCAACUCGUUCAGGUAAUGCUCGUAUUCACGGGAUGACCCGAAUUACUCUACCAUCCAUUGCAUACAUUGCAACUCAGGUCCGGUUCGCCCUCACCUCCUCACCUGUUUUCUCGCGUACCGACACAGUCACAGAUUCCGAAAGGUUCUACAACUCCAUUUUGGACGUCUUCGAAGAUCCCGACGAGAAACAAGAGGUAGACGAUCUUGCUGUGUGGUGGAACAGGCAAAUCUUUCCUUCAUACUCAACUGCUCAACGUCCCCCGGUCAAGAACAGUGCGCUGGCGAGGAUUCGAGAGAGGCGAGCCCAAAUGAAAGAGGCUUCAGUCCCUGACAGUAGUAGUGGUGAUGUGUAG